CCCACUGGGCACCCCAUGAUUUUCAGAUGAUGCUGUGGUACCACGGCAUCCGUCUCCCACCCCAGGGUGCCCAGCAGCUCCGCGGGCGAUUCUAGGGGGGCUGCGCAGGCUUGCAUCCACGGGGGUGAUGGUGGGGGGGGGGUGCAUGGGGUGCCAGGCACGGUUCCCCCUGGCUGCGGGCGCUGCGGCGCAUGUGGAGCGAGUCACCAUGGGAACGGGGCGUCCACGUUUCCGUGUCGCUCACGCUCGCGUCUGUCUCGUUGCAGGGCCCCCACCCCGGCGGUCCCCCCCCAGCGAUGGGCAGCGGGACCCCGGCAGCCCCGUCCCCCCGCCGCCCGCCCGGCGCACCCAGGCCUGACCCACCCGCUCCAGCCCCCCCCAGCUCCAUGGCGAGGACGGACCCCUGACGGCAGGCUCGCCCGCGGGCCAGAGGAAACGCGCCGGGCACGGCCCGGGGAGAUGCCCUCGGCGGCCCUGACAGCAUCGGGUCCUCCCUGACCCUGCCGCCGCCCUGAGCAUCCCGUCCCCCAUCCCGAGGGCAGGGAGAGGCGGGGGCCUCCCCCCGGGGCCGGCUGCCAAGAUGGUGAUGUCCCAGGGCACCUACACCUUCCUCACCUGCUUCGCGGGCUUCUGGCUCAUCUGGGGCCUCAUCGUGCUGCUGUGCUGCUUCUGCAGCUACCUGCGGCGGCGGGUGAAGCGGCAGCAGGAGGAGCGGCUGCGGGAGCAGAGCCUGCGCGCGCUGGAGAUGGAGCCACUGCACUACGAGGGUUACGGGGGCAGCCCCCCCGGCAUCGCCAUUCCCCACCGCCUCCGCCUCGAGCCCCACCAUCACCAUCAUCACCCCCACCACAUCCCACCCCCCCGGCCCUGGAGCUGCCGGCACGGGGUCCGGGGGGGGCUUUGCCUUGCAGAGUCAGACCUGUCAAAGCCGCCGUGCUAUGAGGAGGCGCUGCUGAUGGCGGAGCCCCCCCCGCCAUACAGCGAGGUGCUGAUGGACACGCGGGGGCUCUACCGCAAAAUCAACGCCCCUUUCCUGAGCCAUGAGCGGCUGGAGAAGCAGGAGCAGCCUCCCAGCUACAAACCCCUUUUCCUGGACGCCGGCUACGGUUCAGCGCUGCACCUGCCCCGCUCAGCCAGCCCCGGCCCUGCCUGCCCGGACCUCUACCUGCAGCAGGAGUGCUCCCCACGCAUGUUUCCCAGCUGGACGGACUCGGAGCUCAGCAGCAGGGACACCUACGAGACGGGACCCUGGCACCUCCCGGUCUCCAUGCCCCUCUUCGGCAGGACUACCGCUGUCUAACGGCGGCCACGGGGGAUGCCCGGACCUUGCCAUGCACCUGGGGGGUGGGGGGGUUUCGGUUGCUCGUGUCACCCCAGGGACACCCGCCCCGGCGCGGGCCAUCGCCGCCGGCGCGGAAGGGGCUGGUUCCCCGUCUGGCCCCCGCCGGCCCCACCAUGGCCGGGGGCGCUGGGGACCCGGACUCUGCUCUGUUUCUUAAAUUUUUUGUUUGUUACAGUUUGAGAAUAAAAGUUUGUGGCUCG